UGCGAAGUGGACACUAUGUAAAUUCAAAACUAAAGUACAUAGUGGACCUUGCAGCCCCUUGAACUUUGUUUGUCGGGACCUUGUUACUUCGAAAACCUGUUUGGUCCGGACAUUGCUUUACCUUUGGAUGUCAUUUCUGACUGAUACGGCAACAUGUCGGAAGGGAAGGACAAUGAGAUAUCCCUUUUGGAGGGCCAGGAAAAUCAGAAGACCAAUGCCGGCCAUCUUGUUUUGGUGGAGGAAGACGACCCAGAGACCCAGUGCGGGAUAGGAUCGUGCAAGCCACGCGCCUUUCAGGUGUUUGCCAACAUUACCGCCUUCACUGGCUUCUGCAGCAUAACAAGCCUUCUGUCAUCAACGUUGUUGGCAUACGUCAAUUCCCAAGUCACCACACUGGAGCGACAGUUCGGCUUUACUAGUUCCGAAACUGGAAUAAUAAUGGCCAGUAACGACAUUGGCUAUAUGCUUAUUGUCGUUUUUGUUGCCCACUUUGCCCACCGAUCUCAUAUUCCCAGAGUAAUGUCUGCAAGUGUCAUGCUUUUUGGCAUUUCCGGUCUGAUAUGCUGCUUACCUCACUUCCUGUUUGGAACGGAGCAGUCACCUAAUGAGGAAUACGUAGUUAGUAAUGUGACGUCUCAGUCACGAGCGUAUGACCUGUGUUCGUUAGCAAAUGACUCACUUAUGAAUUUUUGUGAAGAAUCAGACUCUCCUGAUAAACCGGAAGUGUUGUCAAGGAGUCCACGUGAUCAUGCAGCUGCGGCGCUUGGGAUCAUCGUCAUCGGGAUGGCUCUACAAGGCGUAGCAAAGGCCCCAAGAAACGCGUUUACGAUCACAUAUGUUGAUGGAAAUGUGGAAAAGUCCAAAACAGGAUAUUAUAUGGGCAUCAUCAUCAGCAUGAGCAUAUUCGGACCAGCCAUUGCCUUCAGCCUCGGCAGCUACUUCACCAGAAUAUAUGUAACGUUGGAAGACACAGACCUGUACCCCCGUCACCCUCGCUGGAUCGGCGCUUGGUGGCUGGGCUACCUCGUGUUCGGGUCUGCAGCCGUUAUCAUGAGCGUGUCUCUCUUCUUCUUCCCGCGCAGACUGAAGAGUGCUCCGCCCAGUGAUGUCCUGGACGAUCUAAAGAAGAAGAAAAAGGAACUGAAUAACCUCACAGCCAAACUUAUUUUGGAGGCGAAAGAUUACAUAAAGGUGUUGGUAGGUAUCUUGACCAACCCUCUCUAUGCCACGCUGGUUCUAGCCAGUGUGUGUCAUCUGUUUUCUGUUGGGGGAGCGCACGCCUUUAUGCCCAAGUACAUGGAGAACCAGUUCGGUCUACCAGCAUGGAAAGCCAACCUUCUCAUGGCUGGUCUGAGUAUGCCGAUGGCGUCACUGGGAACGUUUGUCGGCGGUUGGUUGACCAAAAAGUUUAAAAUGAGCCCAAUAACAGGGCUGAAGUUUGUCAACGUCUUCACAUUUGUCACAGUCAUAAUUGUAUCCCUUGGAUAUGUGUUUGGCUGUCCACAACCAAAGAUACUGAACCAACCCGGGACGACGGUAUCAUCGACGGCUGACCAAGGCGACUGCCACAGUUCCACCUGCCACUGCAACGACAACGACUACUUCCCCAUCUGUGGCUCCGACAACAACAACUAUUACUCACCCUGCCACGCGGGAUGCCUUGCCAAGAACGGACCGAGUUAUACGAACUGCACGUGCAUACCGAACGGUGGUAAGGCGAGCCCGGGUCUCUGUGACUUCGACUGUCCCUUCCUGUAUCCCUACGCUGUGACCCUUGCUGUCUCGGCCUUCCUCAGCACUAUGCUCAUUAUGCCUAAGAUCAUCAUAAAGAUCAGGAGCGUCACGGAGAAGGAGAAACCGAUUGCUGUUGGAUUUUCGUCGUUUAUGACAUCAAUGUUUGGUUUCCUUCUUGGACCAAUCAUAUACGGACGCGUCAUAGACUCCACCUGCCUCAUUUGGGAUUCGCCAUGUGGUGAAAGAGGAGCAUGCGCAUUAUACGAUAUCGUCGACUUUCGUCAGAAAAUCCACGGGUUCUUCGUAGUAUCACGUAGUGUAACCUGCGUCUGUUUGGUCGCCGCACUCGUAAUAGCCAUUAAGACGAAAAAAUUCGAAACUCUCAACCCGACCAAAGAAAAAGAAUUGGAAACUCUCAACCCGACCAAAGUAAAAGAAGAGAAGGGCAUCCAAUAAAACAAAAUUAGUGAAAUAUCAUUAAAGUGAGUGUUACCAGCCCUUAAAUCACUCCUAACACGUUCCCUUUUAACACUUACAAACGUUUUGAUUUUCGUUAUCGUAUCCAAUCUGAAAGGCAUGGUCUUGUUGCUGAGAGGAUGAGAUUCACAAUGGUUUUGUUUUAUUGUUUUCGUUAUGCCGCUUUUAGCAUUAUUUUAUCAAUAUCAUUGCGAGGGAUAUGGGUUUCAUUUAUGUAGCUAUCGUUGAGGUGGCGUUGCGACCCCUGAAGAUUCGGGGUAGAAUAGGUCUUCAGCAACCCAUGCUUGCCGUAAAAGGUGACUAUGCUUGUCGUAAAAGGCGACUAACGGGAUCGGGUGGUCAGACUCGCUGACUUGGUUGAUGCAUGUCAUC